AUGCCUUUGCUCCAUACCAGGAGACGGCGCUCCCAAGAGCAAUGGAAUCUGCUAUCUUCGGGGCGGCGCUCGCGCAAGGAGAGCCUACCUGAGUACAUCGUUAGGUUCCAGCAGGCGCAGUCCACCUUGGGAGGGCGUCGACCUCCCGAACAAGGCAGCAGGCUAUCUUCUUUAUCGCCAAGCCAAUUUGGAUCGCGAUUCAGAGGCAAAGCUCACCACUUGGCUGCAAGGAGUUCCCUGGGCGCCGUGUUGUUGAACCUCCGGAAGCUGGACAGGGUGACUGCAGAAAGCAAGAAAGGCACGUUCUUCGGAGAGCACGAGCCCGAGCAGGAUGAGGAGGAUGAAUGGCCCGAGGACGGCGACGACUACUUCCCUGUCUGGAACGAGGUCCAGGACGGUGCCGACAUCGACGAGGGCGACGUCAUCGACGAGGAUGACCUGGUUGACGUGCUUGCCAGCUACCAGGACGUUCGACAGGCCUUGAAGCAGACGCGGAACGCCAGAGGCUUUUACCCUCCGCGCUUUCCAGGCGCAAAGGGGAAGAAAGGCCACGGCAAGGGGAGCUCCUUUGGCCCUGUCCCCGGUCUUGUGGAAGGAUCGGGCAUUGGAGCAAGGAAUGUCCGACAAACAGCUCCUCGCGUCCCUCGAGUUCCGCGGCAAGCUCUUCCGACAGCGUCGGCGCAGGGCACCUCCUUUUACUGGGCUGGCCGAGACUCAGGCCCCGUGACGGAGUUUUUCACCGAGAGCGUUCCAGAGACAAAAGUGUCCUUCUUGACUUCAGGCCACAGCCGUGCAGAUGUGCCGUUCGUGGGUGUCAUAACCUCAAGUGCGGAAGCCAUUGUAGACACUGCAGCACAAGAAGGUCUCAUAGGGCGCCCCGCUCCCGCUCUUCUUCGGCUUUUCGAGGCGCUUAGAAAGUUUGGGCUAAAAGGGCGGUGGACGGGUGAAGCUUCUGAGGCGCGGGGCAUCGGAGGCGCAGCCAAAACCGUGGGGGUCGUGGAAGUUCCCGUGGGCGUAGGGCGUGUUCCGGGAGUUGUGGCACUUACGGUGGUGACCGAAGACGUUCCCUUCCUUCUUCCUAUAAACCUUUUGCGGGCUCUUAAGGCAAGCGUGGAUCUGGGUGAAAAUCGUCUACACCUUCGCGCCGUCAACACCGAGUGUGUCAUGAAUGUUCUUCCCUCAGGACCGCAUGACCACGUCCGCAGCUCGAGCGCUCAAGCGACCUUGGCCACGUUCACUGGUGGCCCAGAUGUUAGGUCACAACCCUCCACGCGCACGCGCGCACUGGCGCGCGCUCUUGGACAAGCUUUGGUGUGUUCUUCAGUGGGCACACUAUCAGUCAACAACAAGCCGGUGGUUGCAGCUCCCUUCGCAGACACCUUCGACUGCGUCAACUUCGGGCAGCACGAGCACCUCGACUACCCAGGUGCUGGCCGCCACGGACAAGGGACAAGCGUACCGCAACUACUUGGAAAGCAAGAAGCCCACUGCCAUGACGCCGGUGAAGGGGAUACCAGAACUGGAGCCGAGCAAGUGCAGGCACGAGGCACGCUUCCUGAAAGGUGGGGGCAACGGUCACAAGAACUGGUUCCACUGCAGAAGGAGAAGGACAGGACCAUCGAGAUUAUUCAAGGAGACCUUCUGCAACAGUUGGCCGAAGCGAGGGCGAUGAACGAGGAUCUCCAAGCACAGCUGGACAUGGCUUCGGGAAGCUUUCUGGAGUUCGAGCGAGCCGAGGAGAACCUGACCUUGAUGGAGACGCAGAUCGGCGACCUCGACCAGACGACCCAGAACUAUGUGCGGGCGAUGAUAUCAGAGUACCGGAGGCUGAAGCUGUGCGAGGAGGCGGCGGCGAUCGAGUUGAACAACUACCAGGCCAUGCUUGUGGUGCAGAGAAACCAGGUGGCCCGGAACCAGGCGGCGAUGAACAGGACUACGGCGUGGUGGAGAGGCGGACUUCUCCUUCGGCGAGACCGGCGCGACUUGUCGAACGAGCCGUCGAUCCCGGACAAGGUGUACAUCGUCCUGAACGAGCCGAACCUCAUCAUCGGUGCCGAGUUUUCGGAGCACUAUGCCGAGGCCGACUCGAAUGUGCUGGCGCAGGCGGUCCAGGACUACCUGAUCGACAGUUCUCCUCCUGCCUCCAAGCUAAGGCUGAAGCUUAACGGCACCACGGAGUUCGAGGCGUGGAAUCUGAUGGAGGACAAGAAGCCGGGCCACAUCAUCGUGGACGUCGGCAAUGUGCGGAACAACCUGGACAUGGCAUGUAGGCUGGUGCGGCACCAGCAUGGACAAGGAGGCACCUACGCCAUGUACCUGGACCCGAAGCAGAGCUCCUACUUCGAGAAGCACCACGGCUGGCAGCAUGCCAUAAAGGAGCUGGGGGCUAACCACGAGGCCGUUAAUGGCGCGACCGUCCUUCUACGAGGGUCCAAGAGCCGACGUCUCGAGAGAAGGAGGCCAUCGCAAAGCUUCACCGCAACUUGGGGCACCCAAGAACAAGGAGCUGUCCAGAGUUCUUUCAUUGUCGAGGGCGAAGCCACACCUGGUGCGAUGGGCGGCUGCUUUGGAUACGAGCUCCAUGAUCAACGCCUUAGCAAGCUUCGAGAACGUUUCAAGUUCGGCAAGUUCAAAAGACUGCAGGAACUUCCGGAAGGAACCUCUUUCAACGGCAGGCGAAUCCAGCAAGAUUCUGAUGACUUCAACGUGAAGGUUGACAUGAUGAAGUUUGUGGAAGAGCGGCUGUCCGAGGUCCACUUGGAGAAGGGCAGGAAAUCUGUCCCGGACUCUUCUGCAACCGCUGAGGAGGUCAAGAGGGUCAGGGCCGCAAUAGGCUCAUUUGCUUGGUGCGCAAAGGAAGCACGGCCCGACGCUGCAGCAGGGGCAAGUAUCCUGGCGUCAAAGAUGACGAAGAUGAAGAUCAAGGAUAUAGUGGCCCUGAACAAGGUCAUAGCUCAGGUCAAGUCCAAGCCAGGGCUCACGCUCCAGUACCACUCCAUUCCUUUUGACGACUUGAGGUUUGGGGUUGCUACAGACGCCUCGUGGGAUAACUACGAGGAUGGCAGCUCUCAAGGGGCGGUGGGAGUCUUGGCAUAUCACAAGGACCUUCUCGAAGGCAAGACUGCCAAGUGUUCGCUCCUGUGGUGGAAAAGCGGAAAGCUGAGGAGGAAGGUGCCCUCAACGUUGGCGGCGGAGACUCAGUCGCUUAAUCGCGGCCUCGGAGAGCUCAUGUGGACGAAGGCCAUCGUUCAGCACCUUAUAGAUCCAGAGUUUGAGCUCCAGGAGUACUUCAACAAGGUCAAGAUCCAAGCUGACCUGGUUUUGCAGAAGGGCGACGCAUCGAUUGACGCUAAGAGUGUCUUUGACAACGUGACCAAAGAGGGUGCCAUCGCCCAGGACAAGUACACUGCCUUGGAGGUGGCCAUAGUUCGCGAGCGAGCUGACGGGCUCGGAGUUGAAGUAAGGUGGGUGGAGCACCAGUCAAUGGUGGUCGACGCGCUGACCAAGGUGAACGGCAACCCCACGGCGCUCUACAAGCUCCUGGACAGCGGAUGCUACCGCAUAGUCGCUGAAGAGGCUCUUUUGGACGAGAGGGCAGCACUGAAAGCUGAAGGCCGAGUGAAGCGGCGCUAG